AGAAAAAGAAGGAAAUUAGUAGAGAGAGAGAGAGAGGAGAAGGAAGGUAAGAAAAGAAAAUUGAUCCUUAUCCCCUUGUGGCUAGAAAAUCUUUGGAGGCGAAGAUCCAUUCCGAAAAAUUUCACAGCGAAGAUCCCAGCCUCCCAUUCACUUAACAACUCAACAAGAAGAAGAAUAAUCUAUCACCAUUCAGCGACACACACACAUAUCCAUUCCUCCCUCUUUCGCAUGGCUUCCAUCUCCGCUCCCACCCUCACCUUCCCCAAGCAGAAGCUCUCCAUUCCCUUCCCCGCGCGGACGCCCUCGCUCCUCCCCUUCCCCUCGCAAUCCCCCUGCCGCUGCCGCUGCCUCGCCAAGCGCGGAUGGGAUUCCGUCCUCCACCACUUCGCCGAGGUCGCCAAGCGCUUCGAUUCCUACUGGAACUCCUUCGGCAACGCUCCCGAUGAUCGCCACCCCGCCGCCGACCAGGACUGGGAUUGGGACCGCUGGCGCCGCCAUUUCCAGGAAAUCGACGACCAGGAGCGUCUCCUCUCGAUUCUCAAGUCUCAGUUAAGUCGUGCUGUAUAUUUGGAGGAUUACGAAGAUGCUGCCAGGCUUAAGGUGGCAUUAGCAGCUGCAUCUAACAAUGACAGUGUUGGAAGAGUGAUGUCUUAUCUCAAUAGUGCCAUAAAAGAGGAGCGGUAUGGUGAUGCAGUUUUUUUAAGAGAUAAAGCUGGUGCUGGACUUGUGGGUUGGUGGUCUGGUAUUUCAGAAGAUGUUAAUGAUCCACAUGGUCUAAUUAUUCGCAUAACACCUGAGCAUGGAAGAUAUGUGGCAAGGAGUUAUAGCCCUAGGCAACUUGCAACAUCUGCUGCUGGCAUUCCUCUAUUUGAAUUUUUUCUUACAAUGGAUAAAAAAGGUGAAUUCAAGUCACAGGCUGUGUACUUAAAACGAAGAGGAGCCUUCCAUGGACCCCCAACAACCUCCUCUAAAGCAUUGGAUGCAGCUGGAAGACUGAGUCCAGUGGAGUCUACUGAAAACAAAAGUGAGCUGUUUGUUGUGAGUACUGAAGAUCCAGAAAAUGGUGAUGAUAGGAAUGAUGGCUCUGAUCCAGCUGAGGGAAUGCCUGGAUUUCAGAAUGUCUUGAAAGAUAUGAUUCCUGGUGUAAAGGUAAAGGUUUUCAAGGUGAUUACUCCAGAGAAAGUAGACAAGGAUUUACCUAAGGUGAUUGAACAAAUAAUUGAAGAGGAAGAUGAAGAUGAGGACGAAGACGAAGAUGAAGACGAAGAUGAAGACGAAGACGAAGAUGAAGACGAAGAAGGAGACGAAGAUGAGGAGAAGGAAAAUGGUACAGAAAGUCUAGAGCUGGAAGACAUUAAGUCUGAAACUGAUCAGGAGGGAGAUGAUGAGAUUGAAGUAAAUGCUGGUCUGGGAACUUUCGAACGUGAAGAACAGAAUGAGUUUGCUGUCAAAAUUGCCAUUGGUGGCCUUGUUCAGAAACUUUCCAAUAAUCUAUCCACUAGAGAUUUGCUUCGAGUUCCUGCUAAACUGGAGAUGAAGGGGCGUGGUUCAUUUUCCUUUACUGUUGAAAAAGAAGUCAAUCAGCAGGUUGGUCUUGACAAAGGAAAAUCUUCGCCUGAUAAAUCAACUAAGUUUCAAGGUCGACGCAGAGUUGAUCAUGUUAUUUUUGACCUUGCUAAAUUCAUUGGCAAAGGAAAGAUACCCUCAAAGGUGCUGAAAGAGGUGGGAGAAUUGAUAAAUCUCACUCUUAGCCAGGCUCAGAACCAUCACAAAUUAUCUGGAUCAACAAUUUUCAAUCGCAUCGAAAUACCAACUUCGUUUGAUCCUUUAAAUGGUCUAUACAUUGGUGCACAUGGGCUUUACUCCUCUGAAGUUAUUCAUCUUAGUCGUAGAUUUGGUCAGUGGCAAGAGGACAAUGGGGCUAAGGAGCCUUCAGAUCUGGAGUUUUAUGAGUAUGUAGAAGCUUUGAAGCUAACAGGGGAUCCUUAUGUACCAGCUGGCCAGGUGGCAUUUCGUGCAAAAAUUGGAAAGAGUUAUCAACUUCCUCAUAAAGGAAUAAUUCCUGAAGAGUUUGGAGUGAUUGCUCGCUAUAAAGGUGAAGGGAGGCUCGCUGAGCCAGGGUUUCAGAAUCCCCGAUGGGUUGAUGGUGAACUUGUUAUUCUUGAUGGAAAGCACCUAAAAUCAGGGCCGGUUGUUGGAUUUGUGUAUUGGGCCCCUGAGUAUCAUUUUUUGGUCUUCUUCAAUCGGCUUAGGCUUCAACAAUAGGGUUUUGUUGUUCAUAAUAUCAGAGACUUGUAAAUUCUUUCUUCAGAUUCUCAGCGUUCUAGGUUUUGUUGAAUGCUAAAAUUGUGCUUCAAUGGAAGAUAUCACCAAUCACUGAAGGAUUUCCAUUUAAGCUUUAAAAUAUCUUCACUACUAGCUUUCUGCCAAGCAGCAUAGACAUUGAGCAUUGCGCUGCUUGCCUAGAACUCAAAUGACCAAGGUAUCCUAAGCUUGGUAGCUGUAGCUUGACUAUCUAGAGUGAAGAGGGGUUCAUAAUAUCAGCAGUAAAGCACAAAGUACUAGUCUCUUCAUUCAACGUUUUAUGGAGGUGUAGUGUUCACAGGGUAUCUUCAUCAACUUUCAACUUUUGUUACAGGCAUUUUCUGUGAUUUAGCUGGACCUGCCAUGGCCCCAGGAUCAAUAUGCUUUGCUUGCAUAUCUAAUGCAUAGAGCUAAAUCUGUGAGUAUCAUUUAGUUUAUAACAAAGAUAACGUUGCCCCACGUGGAAUGCUGCUUCUGCACAAGUUUUUAUAGGUGUUGGUAUUUUGCCUUUUAACUGGAAAAAUAACUGUUGUAUGUUUGGUGGUCGUCAUUGAUUUGUGUCAUGCAUUUUACAA